CCCUGGCGCGACACUAGCGCCACUCGGCCAUUUAGUUCACUUCAAUCGUCAACCAUGGGUCGUAUGCACGCACCUGGAAAGGGUAUAUCCCAAUCAGCUUUGCCUUAUAGACGAAGUAUCGCAACUUGGCUGAAACUUACUCCAGAAGACACGAGAGAUUUAAUUUUUAAAUUGGCCAAAAAAGGCCACACACCAAGUCAAAUUGGUGUUAUUUUGCGUGACUCUUAUGGUGUUGCACAAGCACGUUUUCGUACGGGAAAUAAAAUUCUCAGAAUUCUCAAAGGUUUGGGAUUAGCUCCUGAAAUUCCAGAAGAUUUAUAUCAUUUAAUAAAAAAAGCUGUGGCAAUUAGAAAACAUUUAGAGCGUAAUCGCAAAGAUAAAGAUUCAAAAUUUCGUUUGAUUCUUGUUGAAUCACGAAUUCACAGACUCGCACGUUAUUAUAAACAAAAAUCUGUUUUGCCACCAAGUUGGAAAUAUGAAAGUUCAACAGCAAGUGCUCUUGUUGCUUGAAUAAUAUUAAAAUUUUCAUCAUUUUUCAAUAAAUAGAUUUUAUCAAU